AUGGCAGCUCAAGAAAAUCGUAUAGCAUACAUUGUGCGUAAAGGUGAAAUGCUUGAAAAACAUAUAGAAAAUUUAAACAAAUAUAUAAGUUCACCACAAGCAGAUCCUGUUAACGCAAAUCUGCGAUUGGCAAAUGUUUCAAGUCUAUACAAAGACUAUAUGAAAUACAAUGAUGAACUCAUGUCGUUAAAGGCUGAUCAUCCCCGCAUCGAUGUUUUUUUUGAAAUAGAAGCUAAUUACUACGAAGUAGCUACACAGAUAAAUAAAAUGCAAAACAUUAUUCAAAAUUCAUCGCAAAAUGCUAGCAAUGUUACUAUAAUUGAGCGGCAAGAUAUGCCGAAAUUGCCUACAGUAAAAAUUCCAACUUUCGACGGUUCUCGAGAAAAAUGGCUGACUUAUAAGAAUAAGUUUAUUGCCUUGGUACAUUCUCGAACAGAUAUAAGUAAUUUAGUAAAACAUACACAACUAGAAAGUUCGCUGUCCGGACCCGCGCUCAGUAAAAUUGCGGAAUUUCCGGCUAGUGAAGAGAAUUAUUCUCGUGCUUGGCAAGCGUUACUCGAUUCGUACGACCAAAAGCGUAUUAUGGUGUCUGAACAUCUUGAUGCUAUUAUUGAUUUACCAUUUAUAACAAAGUCAUCUGCAACAGAAUUAUCAUCAUUAAUGGAUACUGCUCGACAACAUGCCAGUAUGUUAGAACAAUUGGAAGUUAAAUCAAUUGACCAACUGAUCAUCAGACAUAUUGAAAGAUGUCUACCAGCAGCUACGCGAUCAAGAUGGGAAGAACGAUUAGAUGUGAAUACGUUGCCGACACUGAACGAGCUGUACAAAUUUGUUCAAGCGUCCAUUUUCAAAUUACAUUCUCUAGAAAGGAAUAAUAUAGUGACUCGUAGCGCAACAAAAAAAAGAUUAGGAGAAAAUUCAGAUAAAUCUCAAUAUAAACAGCCAAGAUUGAAUGGACAAACCUUUGUCACCUCCACGUCAACUUCAUGUCCGAAAUGUCUAGAUAAACAUCGACUUUAUCAAUGCCCAGCUUUUGAAAGAUUGAAUAUUCCAGAUCGUUGGGAAUUCAUAAAAACUCAACAUUUAUGUCGCAAUUGUCUGAAUUUUCACAAAUCUCAGUGCACAAAUGAAAAACGAUGCAAAAAAUGUAAUCGUGAGCAUCAUACACUUCUUCAUGCUGAUAAGAAAACUCAGUUACACAAUGAUCACCAAUCAAAUCGACGAGAGUCGGUUCAAAGCAAUUUGGAAUCUAGACAAGCACAAGGAUUUGAUUCACAAUUGAUGACCACGGCGGUAGUAAAUUUUAAAAAUAGACAUGAACAACUAGUUGCAGCUCGUGUUUUAUUGGAUUCGUGCUCAACAGUGAAUCUAAUGACAAAACGGUUUGCAGAAGCAUUAAACUUACCCAAGCAAAAUUGUAUGGUCAAUAUAGGAGCUCUCAACGAUUUUUUAAUAGUGCCAACUAUAGCAGAUUUCAUUCCUAACGAACCUUUUCCUCGUGAAUUAUUUAAUAUACCAAAGAAUAUUCAAUUGGCGGAUCCACAAUUUCAUAGCCCUAAACCCAUUGAUGUUUUAUUGGCUUCAAGAACGACACUUUCCGUUUUAGCGGUUGGUCAAAUCAAAUGUGAACAUGAUGAAACUGAAAUUGUGUUGCAAAAAACCUGUUUAGGAUGGGUAGUAGCUGGUGGAUCGGAAAAUAUGGACAAUCGCAAAAACUCGUCGUGCAAUAUCAUCAAAUUAGAUAAGAUUAUUGAACAAUUUUGGACGAUCGAAGAUCUUGAUCAUGAACCUUCGAAAACACGAGACGAAUUAGUUUGUGAACGACAUUACAGUGAACAUACUCAACGAAAUAGUACAGGCAAAUAUAUCGUGCGUUUACCAUUUCGAGAUAAUGUAUCUCAAUUAGGAGAAUCUCGACUACACGCCCUUAAGCGGUUUCACAAUCUCGAAAGAACAUUUAAAUUCAAGCCUUCUCUUCGAAAGGAGUAUGAACGAGUUAUGAACGAAUACAUUUCAUUGGGACAUAUGUCAAGAUGUGACGAUUCAAGUGAAGGAUAUUUCUUACCUCAUCAUGCAGUUAUCAAAGAAGCUAGCGAGACGACUAAGGUCAGAGUAGUAUUUGAUGCCUCAGCUAAAACAUCGACUGGUAUUUCUUUAAAUGAUGUGCUCAUGGUAGGCCCAACUAUUCAAGACACCAUUAUGGAACAAUUGCUUCGAUUCCGAACACAUCGUUAUGUAAUCACUGCUGAUAUUGAAAAAAUGUAUCGGCAAAUUUUAAUUCAUCCCGAUGACAGAAAGUUUCAAAAAACUUUUUGGUACGAUCAAGGUCAAAUAAAACCAUUUCAAUUAAAUACAGUUACAUUUGGUACAGCAUCGGCUCCAUACUUAGCAAUUCGCACGAUUCAACAGUUGGCUCGAGAUGAAGCUAAGGAAUUUCCGAAGGCAAGUCAAUUGUUACUUCGAGACUUUUACGUGGAUGAUUUUAUUUCUGGAGCCAAUUCAAUAGAAGAAAUAACAACAAUCCGAGAUGAAAUGAUCGAAUUAUUGAGUCGUGGUGGUUUUACCAUAAGAUAG